UCCUGCCCGGGCCUCCACCUCUCCGUUGGUUCUCCCGCCGCCAUUGGUCUGCGCGCUUCGUCACCGCCCCCCAGGGGCGUGCCCGUCUCUUCCGGGGAGGGGGAGGCAGCGUGUAGUCCACGGCGUGCUUCCGGCAGAGCGCGGGGGAUGAUGGGUGUUGUAGGCGCCUCCGGCCAAUCAGUAUCGACCGCGGGGCAUGCCGGGGAGAGUGGCAACAGGCGACGGCGCAGUGCGCUGCACGCCGGGAAGUGCGGCGCUUUCAGCCAAUCGGCGUGCGGCGCUCGCAGCCUCAGAGACGAACGCUGCGGGAAAAUGGCGGCGGCGGCGCGUGGGGCCCGCGUUGCCCUCGCGGCCCACCGGGCCCGCGCCGCUCUGAGUCGCGCCCUGAGCAGCAGCGGAGCCGGCACCCCCGGCACGGAGGCGGUGCUGCAGGAGCGGCUACGGCGGCAGCAGGUGGGCACAGAGGGGCCCCCGGGGCGGCCCCUCCCCGGCUCUGAGGAGGAGGAGGAGCGGCGGCGGCAGCGUUUAGCGGCCAUGCGGCGCCUGGCCCUGCGGCUGGCGGGGCUGCUGGGCGCCGGCACCGGCGUCACCAUCAUCUACAUCUUCGGCAGCAACGCAGUGGAUGAGCACGGAGCCAAGGUCCCCGAUGAGUUCGAUGGUGACCCUGUGGGCAUCCAGCAGCUCCGCAGAACAUAUAAGUACUUCAAGGAUUACAGGCAGAUGAUCAUCGAGCCCACCAGUGCCAAGCUGCUGCCAGACCCGCUGCGCGAGCCCUACUACCAACCCCCCUACACUCUCGUCAUCGAGCUCACCGAUGUCUUGUUGCACCCUGAAUGGUCGCUCAUCACUGGCUGGCGCUUCAAGAAGCGCCCAGGCAUCGAUAGCCUUCUGCAGCAGCUUGCGCCACUCUACGAGAUUGUCAUCUUCACCUCCGAAACUGGCAUGACUGCCUUCCCCCUUAUUGACAGUAUUGACCCACACGGCUUCAUCUCCUACCGCCUCUUCCGCGAUGCCACCCGCUACAUGGAUGGGCACCAUGUCAAGGACAUCUCCUGCCUCAACAGAGAUCCUGCCAAGGUGGUGGUGGUGGACUGCCGCAAAGAAGCCUUUUGCUUGCAGCCCUAUAACGGGCUGGCACUGCGCCGCUGGGACGGCAGCUCUGAUGAUCGUGCACUCUAUGACCUCACUGCUUUCCUCAAAACUAUUGCCCUCAGUGGUGUUGAGGAUGUGCGGACCGUGCUGGAGAACUAUGCGCUGGAGGAUGACCCGCUGGCAGCUUUUAAACGACGCCGGUCGCAGCUGGAGGAGGAGGAGCAGCAGCGUUUGGCUGAGAUGGCACAGGGCAAGAAGCCGACGGGGCUCUUCCUGGGCUCCCUGGCCGGUCGCCUCUGGGCACGUUCCAAGCAGCAGUGAUGGCCCAAGGCAUUGUCAUCGUGUCACCAGGACAUUAUCAUCGCGUUGCCGUGCGGUUGGACUUACUGGUGGUCCUGGCACUGUGUCUGAGCUACAUUUUCCCUUGUUAUUUUGGGGGGGUGGGGGGGGGCAGGUUUGAUCCCAUGAGGGUAAAUAAAGGGUUACGUGGA